AAAGGAGGGAGGAUCUCUUGUGAGAGAAACCGAGAGAGAGAGAGCAACUGGCGGCUCCUCCCUUGAAACUCCGAGUCACCUGCCUCUGAAGGAAAGAAAGAGAGAAAGAAAGGAGGAAGGAAAAAGGAAAAGAGGAGGAGGAGGAGGAGAAAAGGGAAGGCAACUCACACAAGAGGAAGAGAAUACCCUCAGAAAAGACUCAUUUUGGAGGAGGAACCACAGCUCUGGAAAGACUCCAGUCUCUGCAUUUUUCCUUUAUUUUUAAUUCCUUUUCGAAAAUAAAUAAUAAUAAUCAUUUUUAAAAGUGACGCUUCUUUCUCCAAAGCCUUUUCAGUUCAGUUGCCCAAAACUCAUCAUGGCUUCUGGUUGAAUUUAUGUAAUAUAUAUAUCCUCCAUUUCAGUCCAAAGGAGAGUCUGGAUCCAACAAAGUUGGGUUUUGUUUUGUUUUAAGAAACUCAUUUAUAUUGAAUUUUGGGGUGUGGGAGUUUUGAGGAACUUUGGGAAGCCUUUUUCUUUUUAAAAGAAAAGGAGAAAACUUCAAAAAGGAGAAGACAAAGCCAGAAAAAGUCCCCUUUUGCCAUGAAGGAUUACAGACUUGCCAACGAAAGGAAAAUGAAUAUUUAUCACCCACCUCCAGGAGCCCAAAGGCAGGAUUUGAACCCAGGACUGAAAUACAGCAGUAAGACUCAGGACAUGAAUGGCCUCGAAGAAGGAGUGGAGUUCCUCCCUACCAUGAAUAACAAGAAACUAGAGAAGCCACGUGGACCAAAGCGUUGGGUCUUUGUAGUAGCCAUCCUGACAAUCAGCCUCCUCCUUUCCCUGUUGGUAGGGUUCCUGGUUUGGCAUUUCAAAUAUAGGAAUGCCCAUGUGCAGAAGCUCUAUAAUGGCCACCUGAGACUCCCAGCACAUCAGUUCAUGGAUGCUUAUGAGAAUUCCAGCACCCCUGAAUUUGCCAUCCUGGCCAGGAAAGUAAAAGGAACGCUUGUAGAUAUCUAUAAACAAAAUCAAGAUCUUGGUUCUUUCCACAAGGAAACUGAGGUUGUUGCAUUCAGUGAGGGCAGUGUUAUUGCUUACUACUGGUCAGACUUCAAUGUCCCUCAAUACAAGGUGGAUGUCUUUGAAAAAGCUAUGGCAAACAUUGAGGCCUCACAGUAUGUGGUCCAACAGAAGGCACGAAAUCCAGAGAUGCGAGUUGAAUCGCUUGUUGCUUUCCCUUCUGAUCCGGAUAUAAUUAAAGCUUCACGGGACAACAGCUGCCAUUAUGCCCUGCAUGCAAAGGAAGGUGUGGUCACUAGUUUCAGCACCCCUGGUUUUCCGAACAGCCCUUACCCCUCCAACGCACGCUGCCUUUGGGUCCUGAGGGCUGACGCAGACUCUGUCAUCAGCCUGACCUUCACAACAUUUGAUGUGGAGGAGUGCACUGUGGGGAACGACUUCGUGAAAGUGUACGACUCACUGAGCCCUGUGGAACCUCAUGCGUUGGUGAAGCUGUGUGGAAGCUUCAAUCCCUCAUACAACCUGACAUUCGUCUCCUCCCAAAAUGUUAUGCUGGUCAUGCUCAUCACAGAUGCUAAGGGACGACACCCUGGGUUCAAGGCAGAGUUUUUUCAGAUGCCAAAGAAUAAACCCUGUGGUGGGGUUUUGUCAGGAACAUCUGGAAACUUCAGUACCCCUUACUAUCCAGGUCAUUAUCCUCCUGGUGUGGACUGUGUAUGGGAUAUAAAGGUCCCCAGAGAUAAGAAUGUGAAGGUUCGCUUCAAUGAGUUCUUCCUCGUGGAGCCUGGAAUUCCACUCGAUUCCUGCACCAAGGAUUAUGUAGAAAUCAACAAAGAGAAGUACUGUGGGCUGCGUAACAGUUUUGUGGUAUCAAGUAAAACCAACCAAAUUACUGUCCGUUUCCAUUCGGACCUUUCGUUUGUAGAUACAGGGUUUUGGGCUGAGUUCCUGUCCUACGACUCCAAUGACCCUUGCCCAGGCAAAUUCACCUGUACAACUGGCCGAUGUAUCGACAGUGCCAGGCGCUGUGAUGGCUGGCUCGACUGCACAGACGCCAGUGAUGAGAAAAACUGCAACUGUACUGAAAAGCAGUUCCGAUGCCAAAAUGGUUGGUGCAAGCCAAAGUACUGGCUUUGCGAUGGUGUGAAUGACUGCGGGGACAACAGCGAUGAACUGCAGUGCCAGUGCCCAGCUGGUAACGUCAAAUGCAACAAUGGGAAGUGCAUCCUGGAGGACCAGAAAUGCAAUGGCAGGGAUGACUGUGGUGAUGGCAGCGAUGAGGGAAGUUGUGGCUCUGCAGUCACAGUCGCCUGCCAAGAGUAUACCUACAAGUGCCGCAACAACCUGUGUGUGAACAAGAGGAACCCAGAGUGUGAUGGCAUAAAGGACUGUAGUGAUAAUUCAGAUGAGGACAAAUGUGACUGUGGUCAGCGCUUCUACAGCAAACAGUCCCGGAUUGUUGGUGGGCAGGACUCUGAUGUGGGUGAAUGGCCCUGGCAAGUCAGCUUGCAUGUCAAGGGAGAGGGUCAUGUCUGUGGGGCUUCUUUGAUAUCAGAGAAAUGGCUAGUGACGGCAGCACACUGCUUUCGGGAAGAAAAUUUCAUCAGGUAUUUUGAUCCCAAGUUAUGGACAGCCUACAUGGGGCUCCACAACCAAGCGGACAGGAGCAACAGCUAUGUUCAGACACGGAGUAUCAAGAACAUAAUCCGUCAUGAGUUAUUUAGUGACUUUACCUUUGACUACGAUAUUGCUUUGAUGGAGCUGUCGAGUCCCAUCACCUACACCAAGCAGAUCCAGCCCAUAUGCCUUCCUGAUGUCAGCCAUGAAUUCCCUGCUGGAAAAGCCAUCUGGGUGACUGGGUGGGGAGCCACCAAAGAAGAUGGUAUCGGAGCCACCAUUUUGCAGAAGGCAGAAAUCCGGAUGAUCAACCAGACCAUGUGUAACACCUUGCUGCCCAAUCAAUUGACGCCACGAAUGAUGUGCGUUGGGAUCCUGACUGGAGGAGUUGAUGCCUGCCAGGGAGAUUCUGGAGGACCCCUGACCAGCAUAGAGCCAAACAACAGGAUGUUUCUGGCUGGCAUAGUCAGCUUUGGGGAUGGCUGUGCCCGACGGAACAAACCAGGAGUCUAUACUCGAGUCGCAAAGCUUAGAGACUGGAUCAGAAGCAAAACAGGCGUGUAGGAAUGCCACCAAAAUGAGGAAGAUUCACAUGUUUCUGCUUUUUAAAAAAUGUUUGUUUUUUUCAAGCUGACAAUCUGAGGACACUCCCUUGUGAUGUGAAGGGAACUCCGCAUAUCUUGUUCACUUGAUAUCUCCUCUUCUGUUUUUAUUUUUGGAGGUAUGUUUUGUUUUGUUUUUUAAGAGAGAAAAUUUAUAAGGUCUGUCGGAUGGACAGUUGCCAGCCUGAAAACUAAUCAUUCCGCUUUGUCUUGUCUUCAGAGAUUGACUUUUUUUUAACCUGAGCCAAUUUCCAGAUGAGUUGGAAAUAUACAAGGGAGAGAGGACAGAGCUAGAGGGCUACCUCACACCUUAUGUCUCUGCUGGCUUCAGAAGGCAAAUACAACUCAUUUGAUGGAUCGUUGGAAUAUGAGAAUGGACUGCAAUCCCCUUCAGUGCCUGCCAUGGCCAGGAUGCAGGGAGAGGCACAGGCUGUUUGGAAAUCAAGGUGCCACAACCCACAAUAUGUGGAUUUGCUGGAGCCUGGCUGGAAUGAAGUUUUGUGGUUUUAUUACUAAUCCUGCCUUAGGAACCUGUUCUGUUUUAAGUUCUUCAUAUCCAACAUGUUCCUCCCUGUGAAUUUUCCAAAGAGGCAUGUAGGAAGGAGGAGUUGGCCUAGUUUCCAGCUGCCUUUCUCAUUUGACACAUGCCCAGCGACUGAGUAUUAUGGGGAAGCAGCUGAUUAGAAUCUUAUCCUGGACAAGCCAUUUCUUAACCUUGGCCAAUAAGGAUAGAUAGCAAUAUCCAGUGUUGCUUAAGUGGGCUUGUCUAUUGGGAUUAGAACUCUUUAUUUUAUUAUAUGACUCCUGCAUACAUCCAAAAUACAUUUUGAUAAUCAGGUGCAUAGUAAUAACAUCAAUCAAAAGGAGGUAAAUGAAUUAAGGCUGCUUCCUCUUUCCUCUGCCCUAUCUAGCAAAUUCUAAUUGUCUUGCAGCUGUGUUAGGAGCUGUAUUGCUCUGUUCCAGCACAUCUAGAGCUCCUCUGGCGAUCCCACAUAGAGCUUCAGUAUUUUCCCAUUAGACUUGCUUACCUGUAAUACCAUACUGACCUUGCUUUGGUUUAGCUUCCCCCUUCCUUUGAUGCCAGAGCCUGAAAAGGUUAAUUUUGUGUACUAGAACUUCCAGAAUCCCCCAGGCAGUAUGGUCAUGGAGCACACAGGAUUCUAGGAAUUGUGAUCUCCAAAAGUAACUUUGCUAAAUUAUGCUUGACUCUGAUCAAGUCUUUGCCUUCCCCAAGUAACUGAAUAUAAAUAAUUCCGCUCCAUCAAUUACACUAUUUUGGCUUGCUUUAAUUGUCAUGGCUCCAUCUAAGGAACUCUGGGAUUUGUCAUUUGGGGAAGUAUUGAGAGUAAUCUCUAGAAAACAUUUUGGGUUUAUGUUCCUAAUGUCUCUAGCAGAUUAUUCUAAAUAGCUCACCAAGCUGCAUAUCCUUGAAGCUGUGGUAUCAGACUGCUAAAACUAUGUAGCCAAGACACUUUUAGUUUCCAAAGAAGUUGUUACUCUCCUAAGUUGGUACCCUUUUCCAAAGCAUCCUGGAAGACCAUUGCACCUUAUAAACGCCAUAGCAGGUACCUCUAGCUUUGUAAACUAGACUUCCUCAGCUCAGCACCCUUUAAAUGCAUUGGACUAAAAGUCACUUCAUCUUUAACCAGCAAGACCAUCUAGAGCAGUGGGUCCCAGAUGUUUUGUACCUCUUGACUGUUAGCCAAGUUGGCUGUGGCUUCAGGAACUGAAGUUCAAAAUACCCAGAGGACUAAAGUUUGGGAAUCACUUACCUAGAGGACUCUAAGCUGCCUUAUUGAAACCUUCAACCAAAGAUAAGACUUUGCCCAUUCUGUGCCUUAUGGUUUACUUAAAUACAUGACGAUAAGACUGCACUCUCUUGGGCCACAGUUGGUCUGUGGACAGGCCAGAUAGGUUUAAGGCAGAUUAGUUCUAGAAAAGAGAUGGCAGAAAGUGUGAUCUUUGUAUUUACACAUUUCAGAUUUCCUUCAUUUUCUCCAAAAGCUAGGGCCUUAGUCACAGGUCAGGGAACCUUUGGCUUUCCAGGUGUUUUGGACAUCUAUGCCCAGCAGCUCCUGCCAGCAUGGGAUUUGCGGUCCAAAACAUCUGGAGGACUAAAAUGUACCCACCCUUGCUUUAGUAGAUGUAAAUCCUGAAUACCUCCUUGAGCAAGCAAUAUUCUGAAAUGCAGUGCCUGACCAGUUUGCUGGCAGCUUGCCUUGUGUGAAGUGUUGCAGGAUCCAACUGAUUUUCUAAGUUUUGAACUUGUCAUGCAUCCUGACAGCUGCAUUUAGGGAUUGGUAAACCUCUCCACGGGGUCCCUCAAAUCUAGGUCCAUCUGAUGUCACACAUUUAGAUACUAUAGUUCUGUGUGGUGGGUUUAGCUCAUGUCUGGGCCCCUCCGGAUGCAAUUGGACUGCGGCUCCCAUCAUCCCCAAGGUUAUUGGCUGUGGUUCCUAGGGCUGAUGAGAACUGCAAUCUUAACAGGCACUGGAGAUGUAUAAGUUGCCCCUGGCUACCUGGCAAAAUGGGGGGGCACACAAUAGAAAUAGCAAUGAGAUACUGGCUGCACUUUGAAUUCAUCCUGCUGCUCCCUUUUAUCUCUCCUUGAAAUAUAAUAGAUAUAAGUAGAGCAGGAAUGAAUCUCUGUAGAUGUGUGAAUGUGUGUUUAGGGUGUGUAUGUGUUGUUUCUGUCCCAUUGUGGGUCAGAUUGGCAUUGCCACAAUGUGCCUUAAGCGUAUAACUUGGUUUAAUGUAGGGGACUUUAUGGUGUUUUGUCCUUUUGUGUCUUGACUAGGUUCUUUGGUGAGGCCACUUUAUUGACGUAGAUAUUAUACUUGUGAGUUUGUCUUUCCCAACCUAGCACUCUCUUGAUGUGCACUCCAUCUCCCAUCAUGUCCACAGUUAUGGGACCAUCAGCACAUCUCAGGAAUAGCAUUUUGGGAAAGGUGGCUAUAAGGGAUACCUUUCAUAUUGUGGGGUGUGGAAUGUCUGUAUCUAUUUUGAUGCCAGCGGUGGACGAAUAAGGGGCUAUUUGCUAUCUGGAUAUGCUACUAUAUAAGGACUUGGAACACAUUUAUGGAAAACAAAGAGCUUUGAGAAUAUUUCUUUAGUAAGCAUUCCAAAGUGUAAGUGAUUGUGGACCGGAAAACACUGAGAUAUAUUUAGAGAUUAAAAACUACUUCAGGAUGCCUUGGCAAUUAUUCUGUUGUGUCUCAUAUGAUUUGUUCUCUUUCUUAAAACAAUGUUUACUUUCCCCAUAAGGAUGAAUUGCUCUUUCCGCAAACCUUUGUGACACUGUUGCUUCAACUUGAGAAAAUGGAGCUGAACUCAAAACAAAUGAUGUAUAAAAUAGAUGCAGUGGAAUUGCAUAUUUGUGUGCUUUUAUAUCUAGUAGUUGUAGGAAUGCUUUGGAAAUGGCCAGCAAUGGAGCCACAUGAAGGCACAGAUGAGAGAUUUCUCCCCCACCUAUAAUUUAUUUUAUUACUUUUUUAAAAAGUAAAUGUGGUGACACUGUUUCAACCUGGUUGACUUAAGUUUGUUUCCUAUUCUGUAUGUAAAUACUGUGUCUUUUUUAAAAAAAAAAUGUUGUAAAUAAUUUAAAUCAACGGAGACUGUAACCAGCCGUGAUUCCCACCCCCUGUUCUCCUUUUUUAAAAUACUGAAUGAAGUUGAGAUGUUUGGUGAUUAUAUUCUCCUCUGUAUUAAAUUUGAAUUUUUAU